CCGCACGUGAUGCUGUGAUGCGAGCUAGGCGCAUGCAGGCUAGGCGUGGCCACAGAUCUGAUUCGUAUUCUGAUCUGAUUUGCAGCUCAGCAGUCAGCAGACCGAGAGGGAUGAUGUUAUCCUCUUUUGCAAGAAUAUAUCUUAUUGGACUGCUAAUGCUAACAAAAUUCUGUUUAUCUAUUUAUACAGUUCAACCUGUGUCGCUGAAUACAACUUUGAAUUCAACAGUGACCUUCACAUGUAAAGCAAAUAGAUCUACUGCGUACCUUAUUUACUUUUAUGUUGGGUUUAUUUCUGCAAAUGAAGAUAGCAUUGUUAAAAGAGGAUUUACACAAGAAAGUCAGUAUACUGUUAAUGAAACCUUGCAAAGAACAUUAUCUGUUUGGGCACAAGAAACUAAUAACAAUACAAACAUAUCAUGUGGUACUGCCCCUGGCGAUGUUAGAAGUACCAUUGCUGUACUAAAAAUACAAGGUCUGUUAGCUAGUGUCAGUGAUUUAACAGUUACCUUUAUCAAUGGAUCUAGUGUACUAUUGUCAUGGACAACACCUUAUACACUGGAUAAUGUACCUAUUACUCGAUAUUACAUUGAUGAUGGUUCUAUGAACUAUAUCACUAAUGGUACUACUUCCUUUGUAGUAUCAAGCAUUGAUCCUGACCCUUGUACUUUAGCUAAUGUAUCAGUUUCUGCUCGUAAUGAAGCUGGAAUAGGUCAACCAGCAUAUAUCAGUUUUUAUUAUAAAAGAGUUCCUCUUAUAACUCCUACAGUAUUAGUAAUGCUACUAUGGAAUAAAACAAUGAUAAAUUUUAGCAUGAAGGUUGAAAAAUUAUGUAUUGGAGAGUAUCCUAAUAAUAUAACAUUUCAUGUAUUUAGAACAGAUAGUACAGUAGUGUACAGCAACAGUAUAUCACCAGAAAUUAAUGAACAAAUGAUGGUUAUGACAGGACAUAGUCCACUAGUAUUGCCUGAUAUUUCUACUGUUUUUAUUAUUAAUGUUUCAUUGAGUAACGAAGGAGGUGAAUUUAAUAAUGUAUUGUCUUUUGGGUUUGCUAAUGGUAUGACAUUAAUGUGUUGGUGCUUCUUAUUCUCUCAUAUGCAUGUAGGACCAGUUACUAAUAUUAGAUCAGUAAUAUAUAACUGCACUAACAUGACAAUAUCUUGGGAUAGUCCUAAUGGUACAAAUUAUAUGGAUUAUUACAGAUUGGAAAUAUAUGAUAACAGCAAUGAUCAGUUGGUGCACAGUGCUAUGGUUCACGGCACAAGUUAUCUGUUUGAAGUUGAUCGUUUAAUUUAUAAAUUUAUUAUAACUGGAGUCAAUGAAAUCGGAGAAGGAAUGUCAGAAACUUCAAUCAUUUCCUUGCAAAAAAUUCCUAAAUCACCUCAAGCAGUUUGUACUAUACUGAACCGUACAAAUGAUUACGUCUAUUAUCUGGUUGAUAUUUUAAGUACAAUGGACUGCAUACUUGAAGCUCCUGAUAAUAUUAUUAUCCACGUAUUGUGUAAAGAAAUUGGUACAGUAUUUAGUAGAAUAUAUCAAGCAGAACACUCCAAUGUCACUGAAUUUGUAUUUUCAGUACCCCAGUACCAAAAAGAAUGUAAUCUCACUAUUUUGUUGAGUAACAAUGCUGGUCGUAGUGAUCCAUUUAUUAUACGAUUAGAUACAACUUCUCCUGCAACAGCAAAUUUUAUACAAUCGCCUACUAUAAUAUCAACCUCUACAAAUUCUACUACAAGCAUUGUUAUUACAGUAGUAAUGGUAUCAGUUUGCACAGUUAUUAUGCUGCUAAUAGUAUGCUUUAGUGUACUAGUGAUCAUCAUUAUCUAUAUGAAGAGGAGAAGCAAAACCGCUAACAUAGUUUCAGUCCCUAAUCCAGCAUAUGAUGAUAUUGAUAAGUUUAAAACAAACAUCAGCAUCAAUCCAGCAUAUGGUGAAGUAAAAACUGAUACAAGACAAAAUGUUAUAUAUGAUGAAAUAAUUUUGUGACUUAUUCAUUUUGAUUUGUGUGAUCAGUAUCAUUUAUUGUAGUUUCAGGUACAUAAUAA